GGGUCCUAUGAGCACAGAGCGCACGAAACCUUACACUUUUUGAAUCGAUAAUUGGCGCCAUUUCUCCUUUUUUUAAUUUUGAUUUUUUUGGAAACGUUGUCAAACAUUUUUAAACUAAAAUGUCAGAUGUCUCGCUUGCAAAAACUCCGGUUGAGGAACUGGCCGGAGGAGACCAACCCGAAGACUCCGAACAACCUGAAGUGUACAAACCUUACAAAGUUUUUAUCAACCAUGUGGAUUCUUAUCACUCCAAAUACAUCUCGGCCUACAUAACGGACCAAAUUUAUGGAUUGUCCAAGCUGAUGAGGCAAGGGGGCCCAGGCGAGGAGGCCCCGGGAGAGGAAGCAGCGGCGGUAAAGCCCGCCAUGCAAGACCUCCCCAAAGACAAAUACGAAUUCAUCGGCACACUUACCUCGGUUUAUAAAGAACCGUCCGAAGACAUUCUUUACACCCUCAGCGAAGAUGAUGAAGAUUUUCGCGAAAAGAUCCUAAAGUGUGGCUUCAUAAUUUACGACAUUACGAAAUAUCCGAAACAAAUUGAAAAGGCGCUCAAAACGUUGUCUAUUCUUACAGAACAGUUAAAUGAUAUUAGUAAAAUCGGGCCGAAAACCUACGAGCAGUUUAACGAAACCAAGAUUUUUAUUCUCAUUUCGACCAUCAUGACCUGGGGAUUGACAAAGCCAUUAGACCCCGAUGACCCGGACUUGCCUUUUUCGGAAGUGGACUAUAGGAAACGGAGGCCACAUCCUAAUUAUAAGGAACAUUACGCUUGCGAAAAAGAAGUUAUAAAAAUUGGGCAACAAUAUAAAGACAAAUUAAAAACGUAUGUUGUAUGCACCGGCCUGACGUAUGGCGAAGAAGAAGAUAUUUUGGACUUUUUUUUCAAAACGGCAUGGUACAAUGAAGUCUUGCCAAUUUUUGAUAACGGCAACAACAAAAUUCCUUUUAUCCACGUCCGCGAUUUAGCAAAAGCCCUUCAUGGGCUAAUGGAAAACGCGCCUCCGAAGCCUCAGUAUAUUUUAGCAGUCGAGCAAACGCCGACAACUCUCAAAAAGUUUAUCAAAACUUUAAGCAAGGCUUUAGGUGACGGAAAAGUGGCGAAUAUCAUGUCCGAGGAAGCUUUCCUCUACAAAAACAUGACCCAAACUGUUUUUGAGCGAUGCACUGUUAAUCUUAACAUGGAACCGGUGUUUCUCGUUGAAAAUCUGCAAUUAGAGUGGCAGAGCGAAUUAACUAUUGCUGAAAACAUGCUUCAAGUGGUCCGCGAAUUUACAACAAAACGAAACCUAAGGCCUGUGAAAAUAAUAAUACAUGGGCCUCCCGGCUCCGGCAAAACUCACUUGGCGAAAAAAAUGUGCGAAUAUUAUAACUCCAAAUAUGUCUCAAUUCCCACAAUGUUGGAAGAUUACAUAAAAAUUUGGAAAGAAAGUCUCAUAAGGCCUGAAAAACCCAAAUUGGAAGAAACCGAGUACCUUGGCGAAGAGGAACUGGAAGAAGAGGUGGAAGACGAAGAAGACCCGCAACAAAUUUUGGAGCAAAUACGAGAAAUGGAACUGUUUAUGGAAGCUGGGAUUGAGAAAAUCCCUGAUGAUUACAUCACCGGGUUAUUACGAUCGUAUUUGGCGAAAAACUUUUGCCAAAAUCGGGGUUACGUCCUCGAUGAUUACCCUCGCUUGCCGGCUCAAGCCAAAGAACUUUUCGGGCAAGGUGAAAACAUAGGGGGCGAAGAAGAAGAAAUGGAAGCUCCAGACUUUGCCGAAAAAGUUUUGCCCAACCUUGUUGUCGGCUUGGUGGCCACUGAUGAAUUUAUUACCCAAAGGAUCAUGAAAAUGCAAGAGGAAGAAAUAAGGGACACUCCUUACGCUGAAGAAGUAAUUUUGGAAAGACUGAAGGAGUUUCGCGAGAACAACACUGAUGAAAACACUGUUUUGAAUUAUUUUGAUGAGCUGGAAAUUGAUAUAUUACUUGUGGAAGUUAAAGACGAUGAUAAUGAGGAAGCCUUUUCUCUCAUAGCUAAUCAAAUGGGUCCACCGUCCACUUUCGGUUUAACACCAGAGGAAGAAGAAGAGUUGAGGAGAAUACAAGAACAGGAGAGACAAUUAGCUUUGGAGAAAGAAGAGCUGAAUAAACAACUCGAAUUGGAAAAAGCGGAAGACGAGCGCAAGAAUAAAAUGGAAGCUUGGUCAGAAAUGCUUGAAAAGUUGCAAAUGGAAGAAGAGAAGAUUUUAGUGGCCCAGAGCGAACCUUUGAGACACUAUUUGAUGAAAUACGUAUUUCCGAUUCUAACUAAAGGUUUGAUAGAACUAGCUACGUUGAAACCGGAUGAUCCAGUUGAUUUUCUUGCUGAAUAUCUUUUCAAAGAAAAUCCCGAGGGUAAAAUGUUUGAUCCUUCGUACAAUGUCGAGUGCGAGGAUCUUUACACCGAGUUUCGGGGAUACAUUGACAAAAUUAUUGACGAGAACGAGGCAUUUGAUUGAAAGACGAUUUUUGAAUAAUACAUUUUAUUUUGUAAUUUGAAA